ACCUGGAUUGUUUCAGUGAUAGUAGUCUGACCAAAUGAGUCUUGCUCGACAAAUUUCUGCACAUUAUCAGCCGAAACUAAUCUUUCCGACUAAAGUUUAAGAUCGCCUCCUUCACCUAAAAUAAACACGAGAAGGAAGAUACGUAUGUUUAUCCAAGUUAGUAUUAAAUAAAGUAGUUCCCGACCCACUGCUAACUUUAUUCCCACAUCGCCGCCGCCUAAGCCUCUGCUCCUCCUCCGGUCCUUUGCCUUCAAGUUUACGACAGGUUUAUCUGAUUAUUAUGGUGGAAAUAUGGAAAAUUCUUGCCCACCCAUAGAGUUGAUGAUCGGACAAGAUAUAUUAAGUUUGGAAGCCAGCGACAGCAAUGCUUUAAUCUUGCCUGCUAAAAGAAGCAAGAAAAGGAGAGAGAAGGAUCAGGAGCUUCAAAGGGUUAAAGAGAAGCAAAACCCCAAAUUGAGUAAAUCUCAGAUAAGAAAGUUGAAGAAGAUUGAGGAAGAGAAAGAGAAAUCACUUUUGCUAUCGACGAGCAUUGAGACAUUGGAGAAAUACAAGAUUCCAGAAGAUAUAUAUUCUUUGCUGCAAUCCUCAAAAACUAUUGGUCAGGCUAAAACAAUACGGGAAAAACGGAGGACAGCUAUUCUAUUUUCUAAAGCAGGUUUGGAAGUUCCUCAUAGUGUCAAAUCUUCCAAGGGAUGGGAUCAUGGUAAUAAUUCGUCUUCUUCUUCUGAACCUGAAACUGAGUUGGAGCAAUUAAACUUAAGGAAGGAUACUAGUCAAAAUCACAUUGAGCGAUCCAUGGUAAUAGAAAAGGAAGUUGCAAAACAGGCCCAUGACUCUCUGUCAUCUUCUCAAAAGCUGACUUUUUGUAAGGGCCUAUCCCCGAGCUGCAGUGAUGUUGAUACUUUACCGACCAUGGAGGUUUCCUUUAAGAAUGGUGAUGCAGCUUUCGAAGAAGGCAUGGAAACCUGUAUUCCGAAGCUGCCGGUCGAUGAUGGGAGAAAAAGCACCAUGUCAAAGGGACCUCUUUCUGCCCCAACUGUAGUGCAUGUCAGAAGGCCAGAUGAGAUUGAGAACAAAAGGAAGGAACUUCCAAUAGUCAUGAUGGAGCAGGAAAUAAUGGAGGCUAUAAAUGAGAAUUCGACUGUAAUUAUUUGUGGAGAGACUGGAUGUGGUAAAACCACACAAGUUCCACAGUUUCUUUAUGAAGCUGGGUUUGGUUCAAGCCAGUCUACCAUUAGAAGUGGUGUCAUUGGUGUUACUCAACCUCGCCGUGUUGCUGUCCUUGCUACUGCCAAGCGAGUUGCCUUUGAACUUGGCCUUCAUCUUGGUAAAGAAGUUGGGUUUCAAGUUAGGCAUGACAAGAAGAUUGGAGACAAAUGCUCUAUCAAGUUUAUGACCGACGGGAUUUUACUUCGAGAAGUUCAGAAUGAUGCUCUAUUAAAGCGCUACUCUGUCCUUGUUCUGGAUGAGGCUCAUGAGAGAAGCUUGAACACAGACAUACUUAUUGGAAUGCUUUCUCGCGUAAUUCGACUUCGUCAGGAUUUGUAUGAGAAGCAACAACAGAUGGUGCUUUCAGGACAAAGCAUAAGCCCUGAAAACAUGAUAUUUCCAUUAAACCUUGUUCUGAUGAGUGCUACACUGCGUAUGGAAGACUUUAUUUCUGGGAGAAGGUUAUUUCGCAUUCCUCCUCCAGUAAUCGAGGUUCCUACUAGACAAUAUCCUGUCACAAUACAUUUCUCAAAGAGAACAGAGCUUGUGGAUUAUAUUGGUCAAGCCUUUAAAAAGGUCAUGUCUAUACAUAAAAGGCUUCCACCAGGUGCCAUACUCGUUUUUGUCACUGGACAGAGAGAAGUAGAAUACUUGUGCCGAAGGUUACGCAAGGCUUCCAAGGACUUAAUGACCAAAAUUUCUAAAGGGGGCAAUGGUACUGAGGCCACUCCUUACUCUCAAAUAAAGUUGGAUGAGGGCAUUAAUAUGAAGGAUAUUAGUGAAGCAUUUGAGAUUAAUGGUGACUCAACUCACCAGAAGACUGACAGGUUCAGCUCUUAUGAUGAAGAUCACUAUGAUUAUGAUGAGGAUGAUUCAGAUGCUUCUUAUGAUUCAGAGACAGAUAGUGAACUAGAAAUUUUUGAUGAGGAUGGUAAGACAUUGGAUCAGAAAUCCAUGGGAGAUGGUGAUAACUUGGUUGAUGUGUUGGGAGGGGAUGGAAGCCUUGCUUCACUGAAGGCUGCUUUUGAAGCUUUGUCUGGGAAAGAUGGUUUAAAUUCUAAUCCCAAGGGACUUGAGGCUCUCUCUAUCAACCCAGAGAACACUUUAGAACAACCCUCUGCUCCCAUUGAAAAAAUUAGUGAAGGUAAUAAAGGCCUCAAUACUGGUUCAUUACGAGUUCUACCACUUUAUGCCAUGCUACCUGCAACAGCACAACUUCGUGUAUUUGAAGAGGUGGAGGAUGGAGAGCGGCUUGUUGUCGUUGCUACCAAUGUGGCUGAAACCUCUUUAACCAUUCGAAUAAAGUAUGUGGUUGAUACCGGGAGAGAAAAGGUCAAGAAUUACAAUCCUACCAAUGGUAUGGAAAUGUAUGAGGUACAGUGGAUAAGUAAAGCAUCUGCUGCUCAACGAGCAGGAAGAGCUGGAAGAACCGGUCCUGGCCAUUGUUAUCGUCUGUAUUCUUCUGCAGUCUUUAGUAACAUACUUCCUGAUUUCUCUUGCGCUGAAAUAUCUAAAAUACCUGUUGAUGGUGUUGUUCUUCUUAUGAAAUCCAUGGGCAUUGAUAAGGUUGCAAAUUUCCCAUUCCCAACUUCUCCAGGACCCACUGCACUGGUUGAAGCAGAGCGUUGUCUGAAAGCUCUUGAAGCACUAGACAGCAACGGAAAGUUGACAUCUCUGGGGAAAGCCAUGGCAUAUUAUCCAAUGAGUCCUCGCCACUCAAGGAUGCUCCUUACUGUUAUCCAGAUUAUGAAAAUGUUGAAAAACUAUGCUAGGGAAAAUCUGGUUCUUGGAUAUGCAGUUGCAGCCGCAGCAGUGUUGAGCUCAACAAAUCCUUUUGUUAUACAGUAUGAAGAAAGACACAGUCAAAAUGAUGAAUCAAAGCCGGCUGAUGGAUCUAAUCCCUUAGAUAGUGAGAAAGCUUUGAACAAGAAAGAAAAAUCACAGAAAAGAAAACUAAAAGAAUUGGCCAAUAUGUCCUGAGCUAAAUUCUCUAACCCUAGCAGUGAUACUUUGACAGUUGCUUAUGCAUUACAGUGUUUUGAGCUUUCAGAAAACCAAGUAAACUUCUGCAAUGAGAAUGCAUUACAUCUGAAAACCAUGGAGGAAAUGUCCAAGCUAAGAAAGCAGCUUCUUCAGUUGGUUUUUAAUCAAAAUGUUCGUUUUGAUGCUGGACAAGAUUUCUUAUGGACUCAUGGAACCAUGAACGAUGUAGAGCACUCUUGGAGUGUCUCUUCCAGUAAGAACCCACUUUUACUGAAUGAGGAAGAGCUCUUAGGACAAGCUAUCUGCGCUGGCUGGGCUGAUCGGGUUGCCAAACGCAUUAGAGGAGUUUCAAGAUCGUCUGAAGGCGAUAGGAAAGUAAAUACAGUUAGAUAUCAAGCCUGUCUGGUUAAAGAAACUGUCUUUCUCCAUCGCUCUUCAUUUCUUUCAAGUUCUGCUCCGGAGUUCUUGGUGUAUAGUGGACUAAUACACACAAAGCGGCCAUACAUGCAUGGGGCAACUAGUGUGAAAUCGGAUUGGCUUGUUAAAUAUGCGAAGUCUCAUUGCACUUGCUCUGCUCCUCUUACUGAUCCUAAACCUUAUUACGACCCCCAAACAGAUGAAGUAUAUAGUUGGGUGGUUCCCACUUUCGGGCCUCACCUAUGGCAACUUCCGAUGCAUAAUUUGCAGAUCAGUAACAACGAACAUCGAGCUACAGUAUUUGCAUUUGCUUUGCUGGAAGGCAAAGUAUUACCGUGCUUAAGCUCUGUCAAGCAAUUCAUGUCAGCCUCGCCUGAUAUCAUUUUAAAGCCAGAAUCAUAUGGUCAAAGUCGAGUUGGAAAUCUUUUACACAAGUUCAAGACAUGGUCGAUCGACAGUUGUGGUCAGUUAAGAAAUACAUGGGAGGAAAAUCUAAGGGCAUUGCAUUCAGAAAUUCUUGACUGGUUUCAAGAAAGUUUCUACUCACAAUUUGAAAAGCUUUGGUCAGAUAUGCUCUCUCAAGUCCUUCUAGAGCCCGAAGAACGUUUCCCGAAGAGAUUGAAGAGAGAGAAAAGGAAAAAUUAGUGUUGGAAGUUAGAA